CCCCCCCAGGCGCUGUAUAAUCCUCCGGGUUUAGCGCUUCCCCCUUGAUUAUAAUAAUAAUAAUCAUCAGGUGUAUGGUCCUUACGGGUUUAGCGCUUCACGAAUGUAAUAAUAAUUGGGUGGGGAUAGGGGGUAGUGGAGGAGGACACAUCAGGCAGUAGCAGCAACCAUGGCGGAUGUUCUCGACAUUGAGAAUGCUGAGGAGUUUGAAGUUGAUGAAGAUGGCGAUCGCUUGGUCAAACUCAAGGAGAGGGCUAAAAAGCGAAAGGGCCGUGGAUUUGGUGGUGAUGAUCGCACAGACAGACAAGACAUCCUUUAUGAGGGCAUGGAGGUAGAUGAUGCAGAUGAUGAACCUGGACCACAGAGAUCGGUAGAGGGCUGGAUUCUCUUUGUUACUGGUGUCCAUGAAGAGGCACAAGAGGAUGAUAUUCAUGAUAGAUUCUCAGAAUAUGGAGAGAUUAAGAACAUUCAUCUAAAUCUAGAUCGCAGGACUGGAUUCCUCAAGGGUUAUGCUCUAGUAGAGUUUGAGACCUUCAAGGAAGCUCAAGCAGCACUGGAUGGGCUCAAUUCAACACAGAUUCUUGGCCAGACAAUCACAGUGGAAUGGUGCUUUGUUAAAGGGCCAAGAAAGAGCAGAAAGGAGAGGCGACGUCGGUGAAUAACCAGGCCUUUUAAUUUGUGGUAAUUUUGAUUGUAUUAAAAAAAAUUUUUAAUGCAGUAAUUUCAGUUUUAAUUUUCAGCAAAUAUUUCUCAUAAAUAUAAAUUUUAUAGUACUGGUAUACAAGUUGUAACGUAAAAGGACAAGUUACUUUUUAUACAUUUUUUAAGAGCUAUGAAAGCUCUUAAAAUGCAGAAGAAACUUUUUUUUGGGUUAUUUCUUUGUCAUUCAAUAAAGACUACCAUUGUA